UUUUGUUAUAUGACAUGACAGAUGGCGACAUUACUAUUCUGUGCAAGAGUUGUCAUUGAAUAUUUACCUUUUACGGAAAGUUCCUAAAACUAUUUGAGUAACACAUGGCUACAAUUUGUCAAAAUUAUGAUUAUUAAAAAUCCAAAACCGGCUUAUAGACGUUGGUUAAAAAAAGGUGCCUUAACACUCUUUGUCAUAGAAGCAGUUUGUUUCGCUGGAAGUUAUUUUGUUUGGCAUAGAAUUAACACUGAGAGAGAUUACAGACGCUAUUUACACGACAACUACCCUUCUAUUUUGGAAGCAUUCUACAAAACUGGAGAAUUAAUUGAUUCAAAAAGUAAUAUACGACAAAUUGAUCAGGCUUAUUGGAACGAGGACAAAAUUAAUGGCUAAUAGAUACGUUCGUUCAAUUUUUUG